CGGCUCGUUGUGCUCAUGUGAGAAACACAAAGUAAAGCUGAGCUAGUGCCGGGACCUCUGCACUAAGCAUCCCAUUCCCUGCUCACUACAGGACGAAUAAUAGGAAUAUUUAUCUGAGGAUAUAGAAGAUUGACUUUCUGCCCCCUCUCCCUGUAUCACAUUCCACACGAUUUUCUCAUUUUAAGAGAAUUCGAACACGCCAGAACAUUUUCCACCUGUAACACACAAGUGCAAUAAAUUCAGCAAGGAGGCAGAAAGUUCCUGAGUGCUUUGCACAACAGAGCACAGCAAUCGCCUUCAUGCAAUUAUGCUGAUGUUUGACCCAGUACCUAUCAAACAAGAGGCCAUGGAGCCUAUACCAAUGCCAUACCAGUCCAGCUUCAUGGAGCCACUAAAGACAAACAAAUACAGUGUCAUUUAUCCUACAUCGAACUUGCUGCACAGUAAAUUGUACCAUAUGCCAGAAGGAAUACCAGGGCUUCAAAUGGAACCUGUAGAUCUUACUACAAACAAAAGGAACUCACCUCCCUCUACUGCAAGUUCCCCAUCUCCAAUAAAAUACCAAUCCCUUAAGAGAAAAAGUCCACCAGUAUUAUACAUGUCCUCAUCAAGUCCACCGAUAAAAAAGUUAUCACCUUCCCCACCUGCAUUACAUCCCUUUACAAUGCCAUUGGCAGUCAACCCAAUGAUAUCUGCAUUUCCUCGACAUGGAUUUAGGAACCCUGGACUUUUACCACUUUUGCAACCAGUUGUGGUACAGUCUAUGCCUUUUAUGUAUUCCCCACAUCUUCAGCAGCCAAUAAUGGUGUCUACUCUCCUACCAGAGGAGUUGGAAAAUCCACACAAUAAACACAUGACAGUAACAGAAUCCUAUGAAAAACCACCACCUCUAAUGAAAACCAUAAAAGUUGAGCCUGGCCUGGAACAACACAAGCCGGAAUUCUACCCAGAACAAUUAUCACCUGGAAUCUGCACACCACCCAAGGGGAUGUUUCACGAGAAUCACCCUUCGGUUAUAGUGCACCCAGGGAAGAGACCUUUGCCUGUAGAAUCCCCUGAAACACAGAGAAAAAGGCGGAUACAUCGAUGUGAUUAUGACGGUUGCAAUAAAGUUUACACCAAAAGUUCCCAUUUAAAGGCACACAGAAGAACACAUACUGGGGAAAAGCCUUAUCAGUGUACUUGGGAAGGAUGCACGUGGAAGUUUGCCCGCUCCGAUGAACUGACUCGACAUUUCCGAAAACACACUGGAAUCAAACCAUUUCAGUGCCCAGACUGUGACCGCAGCUUUUCACGCUCGGACCAUCUUGCUCUUCACAGAAAGAGACACAUGCUUGUCUAAAUGCCCUUCUUGCUUUUUAUACUCAAAAAUAUUAUUUUUGGAUUCAGCUGGUUCUGAAUCGACAUUAAAAUUUUUCCAUAUGGUCAGUACAUGAGGUCCCCCAAGCUUCAUUGUACUAACCACGGGUCAGACCUAAGAAUGUGAACAUUUUCUUACAGAGUCAACGCAGUAUCUUCCUGCACACAUUACACCUCAGGAAAUACCCCCAAUGGACAAUGUACUGCUUUCUAUGUACUUACAAGCCAUAUUAUCUAUAUUGAAUAAGUUAUAAAUGUAUUUAAUUAUCAACACAAUUUGCCUACUUUGCCUAAUCUUGCCACAACAUUCCUCACUCAAGUUUAUUCUCCCCCCCUUCAAUUACAGAAAUACAUUUCCCAAAGUAGCCACGUAACAGUGUAAGAGUUUUUUCCAUGUUACUAAUUUAUGCUGUAGAAUAGUGAAUUUAAACACGCACAGCACUUUUCCGAAACACAAUUGACAGCCUGUGUUUAGAAGUCGGUACGUCAACACUGACGCUUCUAAAGCACAUUUUGAGACACACCAUAAUCUACAGAUGCAGCAUUACAACAAUUUUUUGUUUUCUUACCCAAAAUAUUCAUAAAGAAGAUCAUUCGUUUUGGAGUGGCACAAUUAUUGUUUAUUGCAGAACCAGACAAUGUCAGGAUAGGAUUUAUUUUACAGGAAAUAGGGAUUUGCAAAGAUUUUUUUCUUAAACCCUUUUUUCUUUAAUGCAGAGAGAUUUUUCCCACUGCAACUGGUAGAAAGCAGUUAGUAAAGUUUAUGUUCACAACUCAUAAAAUCUACAGAGAGAGAGCGAGAGAACUUUCCAUUAGAUAGCAUUUAGUCUAAUAAGUUGGACUGUUAAGGUCUUUGAAUCCAGUAGCAGGAAAGCCCUGCUAUACAUUAUAUUCCUACAAUGAUGAUUGUAAAGUUUCCCUGGAUGACAUUUAGGAGCAAUUAGAAAGCUGACAUUUAUGGGAAACACAUGAAACCAAGACAGGUCUCAUAGCAUAUUUGUCUGAACAUUAGAACAAUAUUGGAUAUUGGAUGGUGGAAAGCUUUGCCAUUGUAAUGGUAUGUAAGAAAACAUAAGAUCCUGUUUUGAUCCUAUUGAUAUGCCUUAUGUUUUAUAUUAAAUUGGAAGACUUGCAUGGAGUUUUGGCAGAAGUGGAACCACAGCAGUCAUAACCCUCUUGAUUGUCUGUGGCAUGUCCAGUGCACAAAUAUUACUGCCAGAGCAUCCCCUUACCAAAAGUGCUUUCCACUGUUUGCAGCUAGAAGCAGUGAAAGGAGAUUAUAAGCAUUUGCAUCUUCUCCAAUUCCCUUAGGCCUGAAGCACACAAGAUAAAAUUAAUUUAAUUGCUUCAUAACUGUGGAGAUGUUGAAUCAAACAAAUGUAACAAACUAUGGCAUCCAAUACCACAUUUUAACCAUGAGGCUGUAUGUGCAUAGGAAAGCUAGAGAUCUCAAUAUACUAAUGUAGAUGCAUAUUUUCAUAUCAGUGGAGAUGCUAGUUGUUUGGUACAAAUGUGUAACUUGAUGCAGGGGUGCUUAAACCUACAAAUGUAAGUACUAAAGAAAAGUGUAGAGUACACACACAGACAAACAAGUGAUAACAAUAUGCAUUCAUACCCCAGUUACCAUAACAUACUGCAAUUAAAAAUAAUCUCAUGGGAUUUGCCAUUUGUCCACGUCAAUAUGAUACAGAAAUGGCACACAGAGUUCUGUCAUCAGGGGGCAGUUAAAGUGAGUGCAGUGCAUAAUUCUGUUUUUACAUAGAAGAUCCACUUGCCAUUCAAUUAACUUUGUGUUGGGAUUAUUCAAUGGAUCGUUUGCACAGCCUACAAAACCAAACUUUCUUAACUUCUUCUACAGUUUCAGAAACACAUUUCCAUUUUGGCCUAAUGGUUAAUCUUCCUCCAUAAAUAACCAUUUUUAUUUCUUUACAUAUUCAUGAAAUCUUCACAACUAAACCUUCCAAAUUAAUUUGGUGCCAGGGUGGAUCUCUGUGGUUCUGCACUGCAUGGACGUGAAUUACAGCCAGUUCAUUAUUUAAAAUUGGUUAUAGCUUUUGAUGUAAACUUAACAUACUCAUCUGUCAAUGAUACCAUACGACACACCACAUCACAUUCAUCUAUCCUCCCAGUUACUAAAUGUGCACUUUUAAUCAACCUAACUGCUCCCACAACUCAAGAGUUAGGGGUUGGAUUUUCCCAGUCUAAUUAUUCAUGGGUUGGUAUUUUUACCUAGGGGACUAGGUUAGACCUUAUUAAAGCUGGCUCUCCAAGACCAGAUUUGGUAAGCAGUAUUCGUUCCUUCAGUCCACAGGCCAGUUAGUUGGAUAGUUUUAAGGUCAGUUAAUAAUGGCAGACUUUGAGAACAAUACACUAAAUGUAUCUGCUCCAUAACUCAACCUGCACAGCCACACACCACUCCAUCUAACAUUUGCUCCUUCAUUCAACGUAUGUAUUAAAGAGAUUGCUUAGUGAAACCAGUGGAAAGUUGGCUCAUUUAACCAUGCCCUGCUCCUGACCUUGAGCUAUCACUGUAGCUUUGUUUCCCAAAACAAAAGGGACAACAAUGAGGUCCAUCAUACUCUAAUGAAAUGUUAUUUCACUAGACUAUUUUGAUCUGGUUAAUCAAUAACAAUAACUUCUGAAACCAUAUCACUUUUUUUUUUCAAAUAUACAAACUUGCUAAGCGUAUUUUCCAUAAAUUGUUGUAUACAGUGUUGUAUGUUGCACUUUCUAUGCACAUUAAGCAAAUUUACCACCAGCACUGGGUAAAUUUGCACCUGGGCAGUAACCCAUACCAAUCAAUCUGUGUUUAAGUUUACAAGUUGAAUAACGAAAGAAAAUAUUUGUCCGGUUACCAUGGUUUAAAGCCCACGUGUAAAGCUGCUCAGAGUUAUCUGGUUUUUUUGAAUUCAGGGUACCAGUUGUAGAUCAGUUGAUCAUGACUGAUCCAGAAAGAUUUGGGGAAUAAUGAAACCAAACAGCCAAUUUAAAAUGAAUUGGGCCCAUUCGGAAUCAUCUAACUAUGAACAAUUUGUUAAGAAAGAGUGCCCACGCUUCAAUUGGAUCAGUAUCAAGAUUGAUGGAACCAACCGGGGGAAAAAACUUUCAUGGGAUUCAACGGCUCAUUGUUUUGGGGGUCUGAGAUAAAAUCUUCAACGAUUGGACAAAAGUAGCAGUUUUUUUGGAAUCAAUGGAAUCGGUCUGCCAAAUAAAUGGAUUUUAUAGCCUUAUAGGUUGUAAGUAUUCCAAAGUAAAUAUCUAACACUACCUGCUUUAUUGAACAGACUGUUCUGAUGACCUGGAAGUGAAAACCAAACUGCCCCUUUAACAACAACAAAUUUUCCAAAAAAAACUGUAAACAAUUAAAAUAUACUUUUUUUUUUGCAUAUCAACCAAUUUAAUACAAACUAAUAUUUUCUCAAUGAUAUGUCAAAUAAGUGUGUAUUUUGAAGCUGGAAUGGUUUGUACUCUGCACCCUAUUGUGUUUGAAAGUUUUCUUUAAAUGUCAAAACGUGGUACCUAAAACAAGCUAUUCUGGAAUAUAAAGAACUCUGAUUCUGAUUUUUGCCAUAACUUGCUAUGUCACAAAGAUAAUCCCCGGGGUAUAAAGUGAUUUAUAUGCAUUUUCACAUCUGUGGUACUUUAACCAACCCAGUGUUAAUCUGAUAGCACUUCCCAUAAGAAAAUCCAGCUGUACAAUGUGUUGUAUGUAAUUGUAUCAAAUAGAACAUUUGUACUGUUUUGCUAAACUUUAGAAAUUAAAGGAUAGCAAUAUUAGAUGAAAAGUUCCCAACUUGAUACACGGUAGUAAUGUAUUGUAAAUGUUGCUUUUAUUUUCAUUAUAUGACUACAAACAUGUAUGUGUCACUUUACUGUGCUUUCUUAAUUGGUGAUCAGAGACAUUUUGAUAUUAAAAAUGUAUUUUAAACACCA